GGUGUGCCCAGGUGUGACUCUGCUCUGCCCCCAGGGCUGGUGAUCCUGGAGCUGUCCAAGGAGAAGCCCCAGGAGCGACACCUGGACCGCCAGGCCGCCCAGUUCGGCGCCGCCGUGGCCAAGGUGGAGGCCGAGCUCUCGGCCCAGAUCCGCUACCUGACCCAGGUGAGCCGGGGGGAUUUUGGGGGUCCCAGGUGGGAUUUGAGGGGUUUUGGGUGGUCCCAGGUGGGUUUUAGGGGAUCCCAGCUGGCGCUGAACCGGCUGGACUACGCCCGGCGGCGCCUGGCCGAGCUGGCGCGGGGCUGCGAGCUGAUGCUGGAGCAGUGACGCACCUGGGCGCACCUGGGCGCACCUGGGGACGCA